AGAAGAAGAAGCUAGAGAGAGAGAGAGAGAGAGAGAGAGAGAGAGAAACUGAGAAACCCACAACUUCCACUUGUUGGUAUUUGAUGGGAAGAUGAUGAACCGCGCCAACCCCAACGACCCCUACGUCCCCUCCAUGAUGAUGUCCUUCGUUGGCCUCGACCCCAACCCCAACCCUAACCCUAACCCUACUAACCCCACCCCUCAAAGACUCCACCUUUCCGACCCUUGGGACCCCUCCCCCUCCUCCGCCGCCUUCUUCCCCAACUCCGGCGUCGGCGGCGGCGUCACCUUCCUCGACUACCCACCGCCCCCUCUCCUCCCCUUCAACACCACCACCGCCGCCGCCGCCGCCAACAUUAACGCCAACCCCAACUCCCCCUUCUACCCCACUUCCCCGACGCACGACUACCCGCCCUCGGCGGGCCUCGUGAAGCGCGAGGCCGACGCCGCCGCCCUCCUCCGCCCCGCCAUCGGCCUCAACCUCGGCCACCGCACCUACUUCCCCUCCGGCGGCGAUUCCGCCGCCGUCGCCAUCGACCGCCUCUUCUCCGCCCGCCCGCCCGCCCACGCCGUCCCGAGAGGCCUGCUGUACGCCCUCGGCGGUCUCGGCGGGAGUGGCGCGCACAACCCCGGCUACCAGCACUAUCACCACCACCACCAUCACCACCAGCCCCCCCGCUGCCAGGCCGAGGGCUGCGGCGCCGACCUCUCCGGCGCCAAGCACUACCACCGCCGCCACAAGGUCUGCGAAUUCCACUCCAAGGCCGCCGUCGUCGCCGCCAAGGGACUGCAGCAGCGCUUCUGCCAGCAGUGCAGCAGGUUCCAUGUGCUCUCCGAGUUUGAUGAAGCCAAAAGGAGCUGUAGGAAGCGCUUAGCUGACCACAACCGCAGGAGGAGGAAGCCACAGGGAUCAACUCAAUCCACAGACUCUUCAAACCAAAAGAACAGCAACUGCAGCAGCUCACAGAAGAGCAAGCAAAGCACAAAGCCCACUAGAGACACUAGUACAAUCACCACCAAGUCAACUACCACCAUAUCCAAUGCAAGUGUAAGCUUGGAGGGCCAAAACAAAGGGACUCAUUACAGGAAUGGACCAGCUUUAUCUCUUGGAGGAGUUGGAGUUGGAGUUGGAGUUGGAGUUGGAGUACUUGCAAUGGAGAGUAAGGGAGGGAAUAACAUGGACUCUGAUUUUAUGUACCAACAAAGCCAAGGGCUACACUAUGCUUCAUUUGUAGAGGAGAAGGUCUCCGAAGACGAAGAAGAAGACGACGACGAAGAAGAAGAAGAAGAGCAGCGCCACCACCAAGAGAUAUUGCAUCCUUUCUCCUCUGCGGAGUCCACCAACAACAACACCUUCUUCCACCACCACAACCUCUUCUCCUCCGCCGCCGCCGCCGCCGCCGCCGCCUCUGCCGAUGGCUCCCACUCAACCACGGAGGGCGGUGGCGGUGGCGACACGGCCACCGCCACCCUACACCAUCACCACCACCACCACAACCACCACCAAGGCCUCCACCUAGGGCAAGCCAUGUUUGAGGUGGACUUCAUGUGAUCAUCAUGUUAAUGAAGGAUAAGGAGAAAGAAAUUAAGGGUAAAAAGUUAAUGUACUAAUUAAGAGUUACCUCCCAACUAUGUUCUAUUUUGAAA